GCUCUUCCGUGCCGUGCGAUACGCAGCGAAGAUUUGGAACGACAGUGCAUGUCUGAUGUCGGCGAGAACCUGCGAACUCGAUCAGCGGGGUCUUUACCAUUUUUUUGGGCAUUUUUGAUUGUGCUUUUAUUGUUAGCUGAUAUUAAAUAAAUAUUCAGAAAAUGGAGGCAAACAAAGACAUCCUAAACCUGAAGCAGGACGACGCAUUAAAGUUCUUGACCUGUAACACCCACUUGGGAACGCAGAAUGUGGAUUUCCAAAUGGAGACCUACGUCUACAAGCGGCGACCCGACGGUAUACAUAUCAUUAAUCUGAAGAAAACUUGGGAAAAGUUGGUGUUGGCGGCGCGUGCUAUUGCCGCAGUGGAGGAUCCGGCGGAAGUUUUCGUCAUUUCUUCCCGCCCCUAUGGACAGCGCGCCGUGCUGAAGUUUGCAGUGCACACGGGAGCUACACCAAUUGCCGGUCGUUUCACCCCCGGUACCUUCACCAAUCAGAUCCAGAAGGCCUUCCGUGAGCCGCGUUUACUGGUCGUCAGCGAUCCGCGCACCGACCAUCAGCCGAUUCGCGAGGCCAGUUAUGUUAACAUCCCAGUUAUUGCGUUUGCUAACACGGAUUCACCAAUGCGAUUUGUGGAUAUUGCUGUGCCGUGCAACAACAAGGCUGCGCAUUCGAUUGGUUUAAUGUGGUGGUUGCUUGCGAGAGAAGUUCUGCGUAUUCGCGGCAAACUUUCUCGGGACAAACCAUGGAACAUCAUGGUGGAUCUGUUUUUCUAUCGUGACCCUGAGGAGAUUGAAAAGGAGGAGCAGGCGCAAUUGACUGACAAAGCAGCCGUCGCAACUCGCGACCAAAGCAAUUAUGCUGCUGAAUGGGUGCAGUCCACUGGUCCAGAAGAGAGUGGGCAGUUUGUGGAAGAUGUUAAAGAUUGGGCUGCGGAACCACUGGCUCCUAGCUUCCAAAGCGGACAGGAGUGGACGCAGUCGAACCCAGAGUGGGAACGACAGAAUCAGCCAGCUGCGGCUACUGCUGCAACCGGAAAUGAAUGGGGAGGCGACACCAACAACUGGAGUUGAAUUGUUCUUGGUUACUAAUUUUCAUAUUGUAUGUUUAUGGAAGAACAAAAUAAUAAAACCGGGUAGAUGACAAA